GAGGGCUCCUCCCAACCCUCCCCGCUUGCAGUUCCGACCAUUACAGGACCCAGAAAAAAAAUGUCGACCACACUGCUGUCCGCCUUCUACGAUAUCGACUUCUUGUGCAAGACGGAGAAAUCCCUGGCCAACCUCAAUCUGAACAACAUGCUGGACAAGAAGGCGGUGGGGACGCCCGUGGCUGCUGCCAACAGCUCGAGCUUCACGCCGGGCUUCCUGCGACGCCACUCGGCCAGCAACCUCCACGCGCUCGCCCACCCCGCGCCCAGCCCGGGCAGCUGCUCGCCCAAGUUCCCCGGCGCCCCCAACGGCAGCAGCUGCGGCCCGGCAGGCGCGGGCGGCCCGGCCUCCUACGGCCAGCUCAAGGAGCCUUCGGGGGGCAGCGGCACCGCUCUGGUCAACAAGGAGAGCAAAUUCCGGGACCGCUCGUUCAGCGAGAACGGCGAGCGCAGCCAGCACCUCCUGCACCUGCAGCAGCAGCAGCAGAAGGGGGGCAGCGGCUCCCAGAUCAACUCCACGCGCUACAAGACCGAGCUGUGCCGACCCUUCGAGGAGAGCGGCACGUGCAAGUACGGCGAGAAGUGCCAGUUCGCGCACGGCUUCCACGAGCUGCGCAGCCUCACUCGGCACCCCAAGUACAAGACGGAGCUGUGCCGCACCUUCCACACCAUCGGCUUCUGCCCCUACGGCCCGCGCUGCCAUUUCAUCCACAACGCCGAGGAGCGGCGGCCCGCGCCGUCGGGGGGCGCCUCGGGGGACCUGCGGGCGUUUGGCGCGCGCGACGCGCUGCACCUGGGCUUUGCCCGGGAGCCGCGGCCCAAGCUGCAUCACAGCCUCAGUUUCUCGGGCUUCCCGUCGGGUCACCACCAGCCCCCGGGGGGUCUGGAGUCGCCGCUGCUGCUCGACAGCCCCACGUCGCGCACGCCGCCACCGCCCUCCUCCUCGGCCUCCUCCUGUUCCUCCUCCGCCUCUUCCUGCUCCUCCACGUCGGCCGCAUCCACGCCCUCGGGCGCCCCGACGUGCUGCGCCUCGGCGGCGGCGGCGGCGGCCGCCGCGCUGCUCUACGGUCCGGGGAGCGCCGAGGACCUGCUGCCCCCCGGAGCCCCGUGCGCCACCUGCUCGGCCACGUCGUGUGCCAACAACGCCUUCGCCUUCGGCCCGGAGCUGAGCAGCCUCAUCACGCCGCUUGCCAUCCAGACCCACAGCUUCGCCGCCGCGGCCGCCGCCUACUACCGCAGCCAGCAGCAGGGCCUGGCCGGCCCCGCGCCGACCCCCGCGGCCCCCGCGCCGCCCUCGCCGCCCUUCGGCUUCCAGCUGCCGCGCCGUCUGUCCGAGUCGCCCGUGUUCGACGCGCCCCCCAGCCCCCCGGACUCGCUGUCGGACCGCGACAGCUACCUGAGCGGCUCGCUGAGCUCGGGCAGCCUCAGCGGCUCCGAGUCCCCCAGCCUGGAUCCCGGCCGCCGCCUGCCCAUCUUCAGCCGCCUCUCCAUCUCCGACGACUGAGGCAAGGGGGCGCCCGCGAGGGGUUGGGAAGAGGCGCUGCCGGCGGGGGGCACCGGGCUAGGGGUGACA